UCGCCGCUUUCGUGAGUGAUGACGAGGUAAGAGAAUGGGACGAGGAAGACGAUCCAGAAGGUUCGGGAUCGGAACGACGGAGAGGCAUGGCGGCGGCGGCGGUGCCGGGUUGUUGCCCCUUGUCCGGCCCACGUCCCCCACGCCCGCCGCUCAUCGUCGUCUCCACAGCAGCAGCAGCAGCAGCAGCAGCGCCUCCUGUUCCUGUUGGUACUGCGAUUUCAAAAUCUAUGCCCUGAACGAGCCGCUUCUUCAUCUUGGCCGAAGAUACUCCAGGCAUUUUCGGCUAUGGUUUUCCAUCGGCGUUGGAUUCGCCGUCGCGUCAUUGCUUGGCAUUGCUCUGGGUCUCCUUUACGAGUUAGCUCGGUCGUUGCAUGUUCUCCACUGCAAAGUGGAGCUCAGCAGCCUACUGUUUGGAUUUUCUCCCAUGGUUUCUGAUAUGACCGUCUCCCUUGCUGAUGCUGGAUAUAUUUUCCUAUCGACCUUGAUAUCCGUGUCCUGUCAUGAAUUCGGGCAUGCUGUCGCUGCUGCAAGCGAGGGUAUACAAGCAGAAUAUGUUGCCAUUUUUGUAGCGGUAUUGUUUCCUGGUGCCCUGGUGGCCUUUGAUUAUGAGCUCCUGCAGGCAGUGCCAAAAUUUUCAGCUCUUCGCAUAUACUGUGCUGGUAUAUGGCAUAAUGCCGUGAUAUGUGCGAUCUGUGGAUUGACAUUGCUACUUUUACCAUGGAUCCUUUUGCCCAUGUACAUACAUGGUGAAAACCCUAUGGUUUUGGACGUGCCUAAUUCCUCGCCUCUCUAUGGUUACCUAUCUCCUCAUGACAUGAUCUUGUCAGUGGAUGGCAUACCCAUUCACAGUCCACAAGAGUGGGUGGAUCUGACUGCUUUGAUUGAUGGAGUUGCAUUUCCAGAAUCAAACUAUACUAAACAGAACAGAGAUGUUAGGGAAGGCAAUGGUGAGAAGGGAUAUUGCGUCCCCAAUGUUUUAAUAGAAGGAAGCGAGAAGAUUCAAUUGGUAGAUAACAUAUCAACUUGUCCUUACGACUUUAGCAGCUUUACUAGGACUCCUUGCUCAGAAACAAGUUUGUUAUAUGACCACCCUGGAGACAGUGCUGCAAUUAGAAGAGAUCGCACAUACUGCUUGAACUCACAGGAAAUUGUCAAGCUUAAAAAGUGCGGCACUGGGUGGCUCAAAGCUGUCACCAAUGGAAGCAGCUGCAUUUGUUCAGAGGAUGAAUCAUGCUUAGCUCCAAUACACGACCCAGGUUCAACAUGGAUUGAGAUCUCGUAUGCAAGCCCCUAUUCUAAAGAAUGCUUGCAAUCCAUUAGAAAAUUAGAUCCCAGUUCUCAGACUUCUCUAUCUACAGAACCAAACUGCAGUGGAAGUUUUGUUUAUGUCGGUGACUUGAUCUCCUUGGCACAGUCAGUUUGGUUAACAGCAUAUCAACCGCGCUGGGCAUUUGGAAUUGGCACAUAUCUCCCACAUGUCCUGGAAAAGAUUGUGACAUGCACCUUCCAUGUCUCUCUAAUGCUAGCUAUUGUCAAUGGUUUACCAGUAUUCCUAUUGGAUGGAGAAUCCAUAUUGGAAGCAGGUCUUUGCUACAGUGGUUUGCUGAGGCCAAGGGAAAGAGAAAGAGUUCUCCGAGUAAUCCUCUGGACUGGAACGGUGAUGUCUAUCAUUGCCCUGUUGAGGAUGGUUCACACAGCCUUUCUUUGAGCUACAGAUGUUACAUAUGUAUCGAGAACUUAGGUUUCAUUUUUUUGCGCAAAACAUAUGGACUUUGCUCAGAGACUCUCAAUUAGGUAGUACCUUUUGUUUAUUUUUUUGAUUUUUUUUGUCAAUUAUACACGAUGCUAGCCUUCCUCAUGCUGUGAUUUAGACUCGUUACUGUCAAUUGUAGAUACUCUGGCAGUGAGAACCCUACACAAGAAUGUGAUACCUUGAGGGAGCAAUCCGGUGAGAAAACUCAUGUAUGUUUCUGAUUUAGGAGGACCUUUUAACUUAUUCUUAGGACGGACUGGUUGAAGGGCCAAACUAGCUAGUGGACCACAUUUUUUUGGCUAACGUAAUGUAGAGAUAUGAAAUGAAACCCUGCUCGCUAGUGGAGCACAUUUGUUAA